CCACUUGAUCCAGACUGGUGGAGAGGGGGUGGGUCUCGGGGUUCGUCCCAUGUUCCAACUCUCCUCUUAACUAUGAGUGAAGCUUACAGGCGUGAGGGCUGAGCCAGAUACCCCAUCCUUGUUUCACAUGGGACAAGGACCAGUGGAUUGUGGAGGGGUCGCCAUGUUGGGUGGCAGGGCUUUAACAGUGGGGGUUAUGAUCUCUCUACUUCCCAGGACCUAAAGAGAUGGCGGCAGCAGAGGCAGUGCACCACAUCCAUCUGCAAAACUUUUCCCGCUCAUUGCUCGAGACCCUCAACGGGCAGCGACUGGGCGGGCACUUUUGCGAUGUGACCGUGCGCAUCCGCGAGGCCUCACUGCGUGCACACCGCUGUGUGCUUGCUGCAGGCUCGCCUUUCUUCCAGGACAAGCUGCUGCUCGGCCACUCGGAGAUCCGCGUGCCGCCCGUGGUGCCUGCGCAGACCGUGCGCCAGCUCGUUGAGUUCCUUUACAGUGGCUCUCUGGUGGUGGCGCAGGGCGAAGCCCUGCAGGUGCUCACGGCCGCAUCGGUGUUGCGCAUCCAGACGGUUAUCGACGAGUGCACGCAGAUCAUUGCACGCACACGCACGCCAACCCCGGGCACCCAGGCACCUGCAGCUCUGCCUGCACCAGUGCCCCCGCCCUCGCUCGCGCCUGCGCAGCUGCGCCACCGCCUGCGGCACCUCCUGGCCGCUCGUCCCCCAGGCCACCCUGGAGCCGCGCAUAGCCGCAAGCAGCGCCAGCCCGCGCGCCUGCAGCUGCCCGAGCCCCCCACGCCCACCAAGACCCAGUCGCCUGAUGCUGACCUGCCCAUCUCUGCACCCCCCGAGGAAGGUGGUGACGACGAAGAUGAGGAGACCGAUGAGGAGACAGAUGGCGAAGAUGGAGAAGGUGGUGGCAGCGGCCCUGGGGAAGGCCAGGCAGCACCUGCCUUCCCUGACUGCGCCCCUAGCUUCCUGGCCGCCUCUGCGGACCGGGCGCCCGAGGAUCCCCCGGCGGCUCUAGCUGGCCUCCCAGACUACAGUGGCACCGGGAGGGACUUCCUCAGGGAAACUGCGGUGGCCCAGGACGUGAUUCCUGACUGCUUCGUCCCUGCCUGGAACGAUGAAGAGGGUGCCGUCACUGAAAGCUGCCCCGCGGAGAGUCCGGCCCCUGGCCCGCCCGACUGUGUCCUGGCCAGUCCCCGCCCACCAGGCGUGAAGACCCCGGCACCACAGGCCACCCUCUUCCCCUUUCAUCUGGGUGCCCCCGGGCCUCCCACGCCCUCGGGGCCUGCUCCAGCACCCCCACCCCCGCCCCCGCCCACCACCACCUUCUAUCCUCUCCAGGCUGAUGGGGUCUCCGGGGGUGGCGGGCAACUGGGGGAGGCUCCGGCCCCAGCCCCUGUGCCCUCAGGCCCCACCGCGCGAGCCUCGGGCUCUGAAUCUUCAGCCUACGAGUGCACCCAUUGCCGCAAGACCUUCAGCUCGCGGAAAAAUUACACCAAACACAUGUUCAUCCACUCGGGGGAGAAGCCACACCAGUGCGCCGUUUGCUGGCGAUCCUUCUCGCUGCGCGACUACCUGCUCAAGCACAUGGUUACGCACACGGGCGUGCGAGCCUUCCAGUGCGCCGUCUGUGCCAAGCGCUUCACACAGAAGAGCUCGCUCAACGUGCACAUGCGCACACACCGCCCCGAGCGUGCGCCCUGCCCUGCCUGUGGCAAGGUCUUCUCACACCGGGCGCUUCUGGAACGCCACUUGGCCACCCACCCCGCCUCCUGAUGGGGCCUGGCCAUGGAGUCCUCGUGGAGUCUGCCCCUGGCCCAGGGCCAGCAGUGCCCUAAUCACAUGUCCUCCACCAGACCCUCGUCCCAGUGCAGGCCCCCUUCCCUACCUCCACCCUAUCUCCAAACUUGAUGGGGGGCCAGCCUUCCUUCCCCAUCCACUUACAUACUCUGCACUUCCAGGACCCCAACCACCUCCCAGAACUGUACUCUUGUCUGAACAGGAAGUGGGAGCCUGAUUUGCCCUCCACCUCGAUUCCCACCACCCUCCCUUGUCCCUGUGGGUGGGGUGCAGCACUGCCAGGCCACUCCCCAGUCUUGUGCAGGACUCGGUGAAGCCAAGUGUAUGUGCCCACACCUGGGUAUCCUUCCAUCAUCUGGCCCCUGAGGAGGGUCGGGCAGACUCACCAAGGACAGGGCUGGGCUUUGGGCACAAUAAAGGACGGCCGGCCGGGGCCUGAGCCGUGAAGCCAUGA